ACGAACCGAAAAAAGCGCCUUAAAAGAGACGAAGAAGAAGUGGCCCUCGACCAAAAGUCCCAAAUUGACUGCACGCAUCGAAACGGGGAGCUAACUUGACCGUGGUUUGGACCAUUGCUACUAUUGUCGAAUAGGCUACUCGUUUGGCAUUCCCGUCUUUUUGAUUCAACCGCGACGUUCUGUGCGAUUGCGUCUUUCGGCGACGCCUGGAAGAUCGAAGCGACUCCCGCUAGCUGUUAGCCGUUAGCUGCGAACAAAGAGCGACGGAGCUUAGCAGCACAUGCUAACUUGCGCACACGAGCCGUGAGUGAGUGCCGCAAAAGUCUUCUUCGAAGUCAUCACUAUCCUCGUCGUCAUGUGUAAAGUGAAAAUGCUGAGAGCGCUGGUCAACCAGCGGCUGAGUGCGGCCGUGGAGGAAAUCUUCGUGGUGUUGGAGAGAACCAUAACCGAGUACGAGGACGAACUUUCUAGAACGAAGGACGAGAACCUGCGACAGCGGCAACUGCUCGACGCUCUCAUGGACUCGAGCACAGCAGACGUCAGUCGAGGUGACGUUCCCCCCGAGGAGCAGCAGCAGCAGCAGCAGCAGCAGCGGCGGGCAGAGGAGUGCGGCUCAGGGGGGGAGGAGCAGGAGGACCCCGAUCCGAGCUACGUAAAAGAUGAGCACGGGUGGAGUCCGCGGCAGCCAGUGGAGGAGGAGGAGGAGGAGGAGGGAGAGGAGGAGGAGGAAGAAGAAGAAGAGGAGGAGGAGGAAGAAGAAGAAGAAGAGGAGGAGGAGGCCGGCGCCGCAAGCAGCGAGCCUCCCGCGGCUCACGUGGCGGUGAAGAGCGAAGCUCCGUGGUCUCAGCUUCUUCACCCGAAGAAAGCGGAAAGCCCCUCGGUCGCCACGUCCAAUAAUGACAACCAAAACGCGGACGUGGCGCCCGUUGGCCAUCGUCGCAUGGGAUACACCGCCGAUCGCGUGAGAUACGACGCCAAACACUUCAAAUGUUCUCUGUGCGACUCGGCCUUUUUCAAGAUGUCCGAUUUGCAGCGACACAUGAUGAUUCACUCGGGAGAAAAACCUUUUAGCUGCACCGUUUGUCCCAAGAGGUUUAUCCGCAAGGCGCAUCUAGUUUACCACAUGAGGACGCACACGGGCGAGAAACCCUUCACGUGCUCCUUCUGCGGCAAACACUUCUCCCUCAAAGGCAAUUUGAUGCGACAUACUAGGAAGCACACGGGCGAAAAACCCUUCAAGUGCACCGAGUGCGACGCCGGCUUCACCGUGCGUCCCGCUUUGAUCCAACACAUGCGAACGCACACGGGCGAAAAACCUUUCAAAUGCUCCUUCUGCGGCGAAGGCUUCGCUCAGAGGGGACAUUUGAUCGGACACACCAGAAUCCACACUGGAGAGAAACCCUUUUCGUGCAACGUGUGCGGCAAGAAGUUCUCCAUCAGGGGAACGCUGAACGUGCACGCGCGAACGCACACGGGCGAAAAACCCUUCAGUUGCGACUCGUGCGAGGGCAAAUUCUCUCACAAGCAUCAGCUGAGCAAACACGCGUGCGCCGGCGAGGGCAGCAGCACUCAAAUGGAUUUCGAUGCAUCUGUUUGCUCGAUAUGCAAGCUGCAGGGGACCCGUGACGCUCUUGAGGUGGUCCAGCAUGAGGCCUUCAAAGGACUUCACGUCCAGCAACUCCAGCCAGAGCUCCCCCACGUCAAAGAGGAACAGGUGGACGUGGACAUCAGUCGGCAGGAUGGAGAACACGUUGAGGAGGAGGCCCACACCGGCGAGUUCCCGGUCAUCCGAGUCAUUGUGAAGGGUGAAGAUGAGGAAGAUGAAGCUGAGCUCGGGGAGAAGAAUAGAGGAACGGAAGCAGGCCACCUCUGGGAUGACGCCGAGGACUCCCGAGGCGAGCCGGCAAGUCGGCCCGACGCCUUCGAAUGUUCUCAGUGCGACGAAGCGUGCGGCGAAACGUCCGUCUCGAUGGCGCGCACGAGGAGUCGCGCGGAAGACAAAAUCUUCAUCUGCCCGUUUUGCGGCAAAAGCUUCCACCAGCAGGAGAACUUGAUGGGCCACACGAUGAUCCACACGGGAGAGAAACCCUUCGUCUGCUCCAUUUGCGGCGGGAGCUUCUCACUCAAAGGUACUCUCAUGAUCCACAUGAGGACGCACAGCGGCGAGAGACCCUUUCCUUGCUCCGUUUGCGGCGAAAGAUUCUCCCAGAAAGUCAACUUGACGACACACAUGAGGACGCACACUGGAGAGAAACCUUUCUCCUGCUCGGUGUGCGGCGAGAAAUUCUCCCAGAAAGGAAACUUAAUGAAGCACAUGAGGACGCACACCGGGGAGAAACCCUUUCCCUGCUCAGUUUGUGGUGAAAAGUUCUCGCAGAAGGGAAAUCUGGUGAUCCACAUGAGGACGCACACGGGGGAGAAACCUUUUCCCUGCUCUGUGUGCGGUAAAAGGUUUGCUCUGAAAGGCAGCUUGAGGAAACACACCAGAACGCACACCGGCGAGAAACCUUUUGCUUGCUCGGUUUGCGGCGAGACGUUUGCGCAGAAAGAAGAUCUUGGGCAGUGGAGCGUGGACGAAGUGGAGCGAGCGCCCGCUUGCAUCAAGGAGGAAGAGGAGGAGGUGGACCUCAGUCAGGAGGCAGGAGAGCAUCUCCAAGGUGUGCGUGAGGAGGAGGAGGAGGAGGCCGACAUCGGCCACUUCCCGCUGAUUCGAGUCGUCGUGAAGGGCGAAGGCGAAGACGACGAAGAAGCUCAGCCGUCUCAGCUUCGUCGCAGUCGGAGCGAGUCGGAAGCAGACAGCCUCUUAGCUCCUCUGUCGGACAGCGACAACCGCACCGACGACGACGACGAAGACCCCAGAGGAGGUCGCGGCAGAUGUCCCGACGACAACAAGCGCUUCAAAUGUUCCGAGUGCCCAAAAGGUUUUGGCACGGAGAGAAAUCUAAAAACGCACAUGAGGACCCACACGGGAGAGAAACCCUUCAUUUGCUCCAUCUGCGGCGGGAGCUUCUCCCUGAAAUGCACUCUCAUGAUCCACAUGAGAACGCACACGGGGGAGAAACCCUUUCCAUGCUCCGUUUGCGGCGAGAAAUUCUCUCAGAAGGUCAAUUUGACGAAACACAUGAGGAAGCACACUGGAGAGAAACCUUUUCCCUGCUCCAUCUGCGGCGAGAGAUUCUCCCAGAAGGGAAACUUGAUGAUCCACAUGAGGUGGCACUCGGGGGAGAAACCCUUUCACUGCCCGGUUUGCGGGGAACGCUUCUCCCAAAAGGGGAAUCUGAUGAUCCACACGAGGACGCACACGGGAGAAAAGCCGUUUCCCUGCUCUGUUUGCGGUCAGACCUUCUCCCGCAAAGACAUCUUGUCCAAACACACCAGGACGCACACGGGCGAGAAACCUUUCGCUUGCUCGGUCUGCGGCGAAAAGUUUACGCAAAGCGGCAACUUGAAGACGCACACGAGGAGGCACACGGGAGAGAAACCUUACAGCUGUCGCCUGUGUCACGUCAAGUUUGCGUACAAGUAUCAAGUCAACAAACACAACACGGUGGAAAUCUUCUGGUGUCCCGCAGACGUCCGGCAGCAACGGGAGACGCGUCCGGAGCGCUCGCACGUCAAAGAGGAGGCGGCGGCGUCCCCCGCCGUUAAACAGGACGCGUGCGGCCGCGUGAAACGGGAAGAGGAGGAGCCGGAGCCCUCCCGCGUCAAAGAGGAAGAGGAGGAACGCAGCGUCAGUCAGGCAUCGCUCGCCGGAGUCGUCGUGAAGAGCGAAGGCGACGAGAAGCUCUCGGCUCCGCUCUCCGACAGCGAGGACGCGUCGGCGUCACGCUCUUCCCGCUCUGAAGACGAAGACAACCGAGGCUCCAAAGCGCGUACGAGGAGUUCCAAAGCGUUCGAGUGUUGCCAGUGCGACAAAGCGUUUGGCAGUAAGAGCAACCUGAAGAGACACAUGGGCUGCCACACGGGGGAAAAACUAUUCAGCUGCUCCGUGUGCGGGAAACACUUCUCCCAGAAGGGAAUCUUGAUGCGACACGCUCGCACGCACACGGGAGAAAAACCCUUCGGCUGCCCCUUCUGCGCCAAACGCUUCUCCAUGAAGGGAAACCUGCUGACGCACACCCGAAUUCACACCGGGGAAAAACCCUUCUCGUGUUCGGCGUGCGCCGCCAGCUUCACCGUUCGCUCGGCGCUCGUCCAGCACGCCAGGACGCACACCGGAGAGAGACCCUUCCCCUGCUCUUUCUGCGGGAAAACCUUCUCGCAGAAGGUUAGCCUGGCGACGCACGUGAGAAGACACACGGGGGAGAAGGCGUUCCGAUGCCGGGCGUGCGACCGCAGCUUCUCUCACAAGUAUCAGCUCGACAAGCACCCGUGCGCCGCCGCUCCGUCCGGACCCUGACGGGGAAAUACUGGACUCGCACUCAGAUGCACGCCACUUAAAUGCUCUCACGCACUACUCACUUGUGUACGCGUUGCACGUGUGCACUUGCGUGUGAGAGCGUUUCCGUAGCGCGUGCAACCCUCAAUCGUGUCCCCGGUGGCUUUUGACGUGCAUUUGUCACGUGAUGCUCACUAACAUACACAAGUGAAACACUCGGAACGUGAAAACAACCACAGCGGCACGCACACUGUUGCACACGUAUGCCAGCAGAGAACAAAUCCUGAGCUUGUAUGAGAAUGUUUCACUUGCGUAUGCCAGCAGAAAAAAAAACAAAAACUGAGUUCGCAUGAGAGCAUUUUAUUGUCGUAUUUUUGGAGCGUGCGAAAGCAUUUCUCUCGUUUGCACUUGCGCACGAGAGUGAAAAAAAAAGCAACGUGAAACGCUUUGACACGCUCGAGUGAUUAUUUGUUUUCACCCGUGUGCACACGUCAAACGAGCUCACACGCUACUCAAAAGCUUUCCCGUCAUACUGAAACGCCCACUUCCGUCGUGUACGCGAGCUAACGGGGCUUUACAUUUUGGGGGAACUGUUUUGUAGCUCCUUGUGUGUCAGUGAUAACCGAUUAUUUUGGACGAUAGUGCGAAGGCGUGCGCUACUCGGCCGGGCGGGGGCAGUAGAGGCGCUGUCGGUUGGCCGCUGGAAUGUUUUGCUGCCUGAAGAAGCAGAAGAAGACGUGGCGGGGCUCUCCUCGGAAAGGCGGUUCCGGAACAUUUCCGCCUUUCGCACCGAUGGAAAUCGAGCGGCGUGCGUUUCGUCAGGUUAGCGGCCGGGCUAGGGAAGUUAGCGUGUCGGGGAGGGAAGCGGCUGGACUCGUGUGGUCGUGACGUGUUUUGGCAGUGCCCGUACGUCUUCGUCUCGCGACAGAGCGUCCGCUUUUUGUUUUCUGGGUCUUGCUGCAACACGUUUCGCGCUUUACUACAUCAGAUCGGUCUUCAAAUAAAUAGAAACGUGGACAAAAAAAGAACACAGGACUCAUUUUUCUGCCUUCCCAAAGGAAAAUAUACAUUUUUCCAAAACGCAAAUGCAUGCCUUCGUACAACAUGAACGCAUAAUUCGUUCAACUCCUAACCACGUGACGAUCACCUCAAAUCUUCCUGCUUCUUCGCAUCGUCCACACCGUUGCCUCAAUGUCCACCCGGGCCGGUAGAUGGCGACGUCCCACUGAAAAACAAACCAAACCCACGUCCUGCGCAUGCGCACCCGGUCACUGGGCGGAAGUUAGCGAGCCAGCUAGCGUGCGUUUGUGCCAUUUGCCCAACCUUCACCGCUUUAUUCCUUUUUGUUUAUUAUUUUUAACGCAGCGUGGACGAGAACCAGCGACAACGUCAACUACUGGACGCGCUUUUCAAAUCUCGCGUGGACUCGCACGCGUCAGCUUGAUCAUAUACUUCGUACUUGAUCACUGAAUGCGAUUAGAGUGAAAUCGUUAUUAUGCCAAAUAGAUUUAAAAUAAUCACCGUGAAUUAAAUCAGUUCAUCUUUUCGUCAUUCGCGGCACUUUGAAUAAAUGCAUUUGCAAAAGCUCA